UGCUCCGUUUCUGUCUAUCUCGCUCGCUAAUCAUUGCCUUUUUAGAAAAAAAACAAAAAGAGUAUCAAUUUCCUCUGUAUUCAAUCCAUCAAAAACGAGUGAAAAUGAGAGAUACUGCUGAGCAGAGCGAAACUGGACGGAGCGAUCACGAUUUAAAGUCCAAACUAAAGUGCCAGGAAAAGCCAGAGAAAAAGUGAGCAGCAUUUCAGCACAACGAAAGGAGGACAGCGACCAGGGCACGCACCCACCGGAGUCCUGUUGCAGGCGUGCGAGCGAAGCGCCAGCGAGUUCAGGCAUGACAACCCCAAGACAAGUGUCUGAAACUGGCUUUAAUCAGGGAGGUGAAAGACAUGCAGCUUUGGCAUUGCAGGAAAACCAUGCUUGAGACCUCCGCCGCUUGAACUCCAUGAGCAGAUCCGCUGGCUCAGCGGUGAUCCCGAAGAGACCGGUCCACAAUGGACACUCCAGACGGGGGCAAAUCGGUGAAUGUCUAUUUAUUUUGCCUUACCCUCAUCUGCACGCCCCUCAUCUUCAUGGGCAGCGUUUACUCGCUGGCCUGCCUGCUGAAGACGAGAAACAAGAACUUCCUGGUGGUCGUUAUGGCUUCGCUUGCUAUAGAUGACCUCCUUUACGUGGUCGCCUUGUCUAUGUUCAUGUACUUGCAGUGGGGAAAGGAGAAGGUGCCUAGUUCUGUGUGCACCCUUUCAGCCGCCCUGUAUCUAUUGCAAGGGGUGUCCGCCGCUCUCAAGUCCUCCUUAAUCGUCUCCUACGACUACUAUACAACCAGGCGAUCCAGGCUUUUCAGAAGCAACCAGCAAUCUGUCCCUAUGAUCUGGCUCCUGGCGAUACUAUGGGCUAUCAGUCUGCUUGUGAGCGCCCUGCCUGUCUUUGGAUGGGGCACUUUCAUCCCAACUCCUUGGGGGUGUCUUGUGGACCACAGAAGCUCUUACGUGCCACUUCUCUUUGCCUUGUACUCCGCUUGCCUCCUCGUCCUCAUCACCUUUUCUGUACCCCUCACCUAUAAACUGCUUUGCUUCGAGGGGCAGCAACAGACACAGUUAAAUCCUAGCUAUCAUCAAGUGGCUGACAGUAUGAAUCCCGCGAGUAAUGCCUCCACCUUCGAGGAUCCGGUGGACAGAACUUUAAGGUGUGUCCAUACUGAUGUAAGCUGGAGCCCAGAUGUAAAAAAUCAGUCUGAUGUGAUUCACUCAACGCAAUGUCAAAGCAACUGCUUCGAGCACCGGAACUCAACAGUGGAGUUCGCUCAAAAGCGCUUUUCCUUAAUAUUAGCCAUGACGAAAGUUGUCUUGUGGUUACCGCUAAUGGUACAACUGCUUGUCCAUCAUGUCACCAAACUUGAGAAUGUUUCCUUUGAGUCUUUGGGUUUUGUCCUGACCUUGCUGGCAGCUGCUAUAACACCAGUGUUUGUUCUGUCUGAAAGAUGGAUUCAUCUGCCAUGUGGAUGCAUCAUCAACUGCCGAAAGAAUGUGUACACAGUCGCAUCAGAGCCAACCAAAGCAAAACGAAGAGGCUUUGAAUUCAACCUGUCAUUCCAGCAAGGAUACGAGAUUUAUAAGAUAUCCCAAGCAAACAGUUGCAGUGUUGAAGAAAAUAAGUCUCUAUCACAUCAUAAUCUGACUGCCUGCACAUCUGAAUGCAGCAAAUUUGCCAAGGAAACUCCGAGCGACGCCAGGAUCGAGAUCAGCACUACCGCUUCUCGGGACAGCUCCCAGCGGGUUUUAACAGACCAGAGCGCAGAACCAUGCAAAGUCGACACUCGUCAGGACAAAGGGAACAGUAACGAACCCAGGAAAUCAGUCGCAGGCGCCCCAGAAGGCUCAGAGCGCAAACUGACCCAGGAGGAAGGGCGAAAGUUGGAGCUGGUUGACUGGGAGUGGUGUCGAAGCAAGUCUGAAAGGACCCCACGACAGAGAACAGAUGAAUUGUCUAUCCCGCUGUGUGCCUUUCAGGGAAUGGUCUCACUACAUGCUCCAACCACAGGCAAGACCCUCUCCUUGUCCACCUACGAAAUCAGCGGCGCAGGGUGCAAGAUAACGCCGGUGGCCAAGAAAGUCGAGGUGUAUCGCUCCAAGAGUGUGGGGCAUGAGCCCAGUGCUGAUGACACACCAGGCAACCUGGCUGACACCAGCGUCAAAAUCCACCUGGAGGUGCUGGAGAUUUGCGAGAAUGAGGAGGCACUGGACACUGUGUCCAUCGUCAGCAACAUCAGCCAGUCCUCAGCGCAAGCCCGCUCACCAUCCUUGCGCUACUCGCGCCGUGAGAACCGUUUCGUAUCGGUGGACCUAGCCGAGUCAGCCUCUUACUCAUUGAUCAUCCCCACCGGCCACUCAGGCAGUGACAUCAACAUAUCGAUCCCAGACACAGUGGAGGCUCACAGACAGAACAGCUACAAACAGCACCACGACAGAUCCGGCUAUCAAGAAGAGAUACAGCUCCUGAACGAUGCUUAUAGGAGACAAGAGGAAAUAACUAAUAAUUGCUGA